GCACUGGAUGAUCUUUUUGGAUUGGUAGUAACAGCUCGCUUUUUUUGGUGAAAAGUCUCGAUUUUAACAGUAAGAAUAGUUCAGCGUUCGAUUAAAAUUAAGAUUAGUUCAUAUUAGUGGGUUAAUAUUAAGAUCAAUUCAGCGUUCCAUUAAGAUUAAGGUUAGUUCAUAUUAGUGGGUUAAUAUUAAGAUUCGCUCAGAGUUCGAUUCCUUUUAAUGUACCAAAGAAAGAAAAAAAAACAAGAUGUUUGGAUGUUUGAAAAAGGAAACGAUUGCAAGACAUUUAGGUCAUGUUUGGUGACUAAUUGAAUUGGAUUAGAUUACUUAGGAUUGGAAUCCUUUAUACUUAGUAACGCAGUAACACUAUCCCUUUUCAGCUAGGGUUUCCUACUUUCUCUUGGAAAUAAAGUCGGUCAGUUGGAAAUAGCUAGACUAUAUUUCCUAAUUGCAGGAUUUGGGUUAUAAACUUCCUCUCUACAUAUAUCAUUAUAGCCGGCCUCAUUAGAGCAUAACAUCAUUCAACAUCAUUCCAAGAAACAUUCUACAGAAACCCUAAUACCAUAGACGAUGAAGAACGUUGAGAUUCGACGCGUUUGGCAACACAAUUUGGAAACCGAGUUUUCUCUAAUUCAGUCCAUGAUUCGUUACUAACCUUUCUCUCCAUAGACACCGAAUUCCCGGGCACGGUUUUCCAAUAUUCCGAUUCCUACACCCCUUAACCCCGGCGUCCAAAUAUGAGCUCAUGAAGGCCAACGUCGACAACACCAACAUAAUCCAGUUAGGGCUAACGUACGCUCUCGGACAACAACGGAAACAUACCCAGUUUUGGCACAAAUAGCUGCUACAUAUGGGAGUUCAACUUCAGGGACUUCGAUGUCGAACGUGACCUUCAGAAUACAAGUUCGAUUCGGUUGCUUGAAAGCCAAGGAAUCGAUUUCAUGGAGAACAAGGAAAAGGGUAUUCGUUCUUCCGACUUCGCCUUGCUGUGGCGUAAAUUUUUGCUGUUCUCCAAGAAAUCCCGGUUGACAUGGGUGACUUUCCAUAGCGCUUACGAUUUCGGGUACCUGAUCAAGAUGCUGAAUCACAAUCGUUUGCCGCAAGACAUAAACACUUUCACGGACAUGAUGGAUAUAUACUUUGGGAAAAAUGUGUAUGACAUCAAAAGCAUGAUUAGGGUUUCUCGAGAGAUUUAUGGAGGAUUAGAGAGAGUGGCUAACAAGCUUGGGGUUGAUCGUGUGGCUGGGAAGAGUCAUCAGGCUGCUUAUGAUAGUUUGCUGACUUGGCAAACGUUUCGGAAGCUUACAGAUGUGUAUCACAGAAGCAUGCUAGGGGAAGAUGGCUGCAGUUUAGAUUUGAGAGAUUUGGAUUGGUCUCAAAGGGUUUUGUAUGGUUUGGAAGUUGAGGCUCAUUGAUUUAUUAAUUGCAGUACACAAUUGUUGAUUAGUUA